AACUUAUUAUUUGCGCUCUGUUCGGGUCGUUCAGGAUGAUGAUGGCGUCCCAGUGCACGGAGCAAGCUGUGCAGGAGUUCCUGAUGGAGAGAGGAGGGAGGGUCCAACAGAUGGAGCUGAUCGAUCAUUUCCUAUCGGGGCAAAAUGAGCAGUCGAAGGAAGGGGUGGGUCGAGAGGUGCUACAACGCAUCGUGGACAACGUGGGUUUCGUCAAGGUGGAGGACGGCGUGAAAUUUGUUUGUUUGAAAAGUGAAGGCAGCACAGAGUCGGUGAUGCGUGCGGACACAGGCGACCACGAUCACGCGGAGUGCAAUGGCAAUAUCCUGGAGUCACUGGACAACAACUGUGUCAACGGCAUCCCUGACAACAGAGACCAAACAGGACCAUGCAGCUUGCCGGCUGUGAGUCUGGACAAUGACAAACAGUCAAAUGGCAAUGGGGAACCUGCAGCCCCCUCCCAGAAUGAUAAGACCAACACAGGGACUCCUACCUCAGGUGGAGGAGGGGAGGUGAAGCUGAGGGAGAGGAGAAGACGAGAGUCUGCUCCAGUCAUUGGGAUUGCAGAUCUGGACCACUCUGCAGGGUCCCAUAGUCAACAGGUGAGAGGUGCGCGCAGGGUGUCCAAAGGAUCCCAGCGGGCCAUGCUGACAAGCUGCCUAUCUGAAGACAGCGCCUUGGAAGGGCUGGAGACUCUCGGAGAUAUCAACACGCCCAAGGGAAGUCGCAGGAACUUCAUAGAGCUGAUGAUGAGUAGCUCUCCUCAGGUUCGGAGGUCUUUGAUCAACCGCGGCUCGCGCCUCCGGGACUCAGUGAGGAGCGAUGGGGACUCUGCAUCGCUCCUCUCCUCAGCCACCGAUGAGGACUGUGCCUCGGUGACCCUGGACCCACUGGAGCAUGAGUGGAUGCUGUGUGCCUCGGACGGCCUGUGGGAAAGCCUGCAGCCCCUGCUCGCUGUUGAACCCAGCCUAGUGGCCAAGAGAGACUUUGUGACCGGCUUCACCUGCCUCCACUGGGCGGCUAAGCAGGGCAAAGCUGAGCUGCUCUCCCAGCUGCUGGCCUUUGCCAAGGAGAACACUGUACCUGUGAAUGUAAACGUGAGAUCAAGUGCUGGAUACACACCACUACACCUGGCAGCCAUGCAUGGACACACACAGGUGGUCCGUGUGCUACUGUCCGACUGGGAGGCGGACCCUGAGGCUCGUGACUACAGCGGAAGACGAGCCAUCCAGUACCUUUCCCCACCUCUGGCCGCUGACCUGCAGGAGGAGGGCGUGGUCACCUCACCUGGAGCUGAGUCAGACAACGAGAACACCAACAGCAGCAGUGGUGGUGGGCGCAGCUGGCGAUUUCCCAGAGUCCUCCAGGGCAAUCUAAACCCAUUGCGGCUCUUGAACCCACCCGCCGAGGCAGCAGAGGAGGGAGUCGUGACUGGAAGGACCAAGGGGGGAAUACAGAGGAAGUCAUCUCUGAGCCGGUUGAACGCCCGGCUGCACCGAGGACGACACCGAGCCCAGAUCAUCCACAGCGCCUCCUUCAGGGACACAGGGGAGGUGGGGAGAGGAGAGGAGCUCCCCAGCAGCCCUCUCCGAACCCGGCCACUGUCCAACCUGUUUGGAUGAAGUUACUCUGACAUAUAAAGCAGUGUGAUGUGUGUUGAUUUACAAAAUACAGUUUACUCACCUUUAUAAGCUGACAGGUCAGACAACUACAUGACUAAAAGUAACUGCACACAGCCUAAUAUAGAGCUGAUUUUUUAAGUUUUAUUAUUAUAGGAUUUGAUAACCACAAAAGUACAUUUCUCUAAAAUCUCACUUAUUUUCAUUCCUUUUGCAGUUGUUAGGCGUAUUUUAAUGGCUGAAGACAGGUCACAGUUCAUGUAGCAUUUUAUUUGCCAGAAAAAUUCACUGGGUUAAACUAAACCACUGCUCUGUGAAUCACUUUGGGCUUUUUUUUAAGUUGUUUUUUAUUUACUUUAUUGAGCUCUGUUUUAGAGGAGGUUGCUAACAUUACACCAUUUUUUAAAAAUGUAAUUCUUUACACUCGUUACAUGAAUGCAAAAGCACCAGGCAGGAUUGUAUCAGGUUUUCACUUUAGCUUUGA